GCAUGCUAACAACUGAUCAUGUAUUGCUCUUAAAUUUCUGCUAUAAAUAGCGCCUCUUUACAUCUCCAUAACAAAACCAUUAACGCAUUAUCGACACUAAAAGUAGGGAUUAGCACUUGGGUAAAAGUUUCAGAUCAUCAGAUGGGUUCGGAGAUAUCUUUGCAAGCUGCUCUUUUCAUCUCACUCAACCUUCUCUUCUUUACCCUUGUAAGUGGUAAUUGCUACACUUGUCCUAAGCCUAAGCCAAACCCUAACCCAAGCCCGAGUAGUACUCCUACAGCCACGCAGAGCUGCCCCAGAGACGCCCUGAAGCUGGGAGUCUGUGCCAAGUUACUUAAUGGAACGGUCGGUGCAGUUGUCGGGACCCCACCAGAUGCCCCAUGCUGCUCUCUAAUCCAAGGGCUUGUCGAUCUUGAAGCUGCACUAUGCCUCUGCACUGCCAUUAAGGCUAACAUCCUUGGCAUCAACCUUAACAUCCCCGUUUCCCUUAGCUUGCUCAUCAAUACUUGUGGGAAGAACGUCCCCUCUGGCUUCCAAUGUGCCUAGCUGGCUACGCAUGACUUCUUUAGAUCUAUCUAUCUGAUUUACAACGCUGCUGUGUAUUUUUGUUUUUUGUUAAUUUGUGUACGUUUUUCUCUCCUUCAUGAUGAAGUGUUUGUUAAUUGUCUACUAGCAAGUGUUGAUUAAUAAUUGUACUAGGUACGUCCGUAUGCAUCAAUUUCUACUUUACAAAACUGUCCAGGCUAGGCUUGUCUAUUUUAAGCCAAAUUUGAAUGAAAUUAAAGGAAAAUAGCAUUCUUCGUGAACA